AUGACUGAAUCGAUGAGUAAAUGUACAUUUACAGAAAGAAGUGGAGAAACGUUUGAAGACUAUACAGCUGUAACAGACUGGGAAGUAUCUCUAAAACCUGAAGGUGCUCCAGAAUGGCAAUUACAAAUAUGCUCAAGUAGUCCAUUUGUUGAUAGAAUGAAUUACAAUCUGUCAAGCGGUUCUGUCCUACAGUUUCUACUAUUUCUUUUUCCAGACGCUGAUUCUGAAGGUUUGUGCAAUAAUGUUCUUCGUAGUGAAUUAACAUCUCCUUUUACAAAUCCUACUUCACAUGAAUUAUUAGUUUGGAAUCGUAAACAAUUAUCAUAUUCAGAUGUACAAAAAUUAGCUGCACAUUUUGGUCUACCGAAUCCAUGCUGUUUAAUUCAUCGCCUAGCUGUAAUAAUUGGCAAUCUUUUUGUCUAUAAGAAUUGUGAUCUCUCUGAAGUCAUUCUGCUCAUCAAAUCAAUGUUCAAUGAAUUCCAUAUUGAAUUAAAACUUCGAUAUGACCGGCUGAUCUGCUUGCCAUCAUUAUCAUUAUAUGAGGAGGUAUAUCGAAAUGUUUUAUCAGAUUCUACGGAAACAACUUCAUCAUUCAUAGAUAGUGAUAGGCCUAAUUUGAUGCCAUGGAAUCAAAGUUCAAUGAUGUCUGCUAGCGAAUUAAAAUUCAAUGAUUGGCUAGUUGAUGUUUGCUAUAGUUUGGAUUAUGUUUUGAACAGAUUUAAUGCGUGUAUAUUAAAGGGUAGUUUUGUCUCUUUUUUGAUUCCUGUUAAAAUUAUUACUUACAUACCCUUUUUUGUGUGA